GGCGGCUCCUCCCUCCCCGUCCGCAGCCGGCCGGGGGUCAGGGCUGUGCCGGCGCCGCCGCCCGAUCUGCACGGGAAGGCCAUCUGUGGAAAAGAAGAAAGAAAAAAUGAAGCACUUAUUCUUAAUAUUUCUUAUGAAUUUAUUACACCAGUAUGCUGGGAAAUCUUUGAGAAGAGAUGGAAGUUCCCUGAAGUCAUUUGAAGACAUUAAAAAUGAGAUAGCUGGCUAUACUGAUAUUGCUAAGGCUAUUAUUGAUCUUGCUGUUCAUGGAAAGGCUCAGAACAGAUCCUGUGAAAGAUUAGCAGUUUUUGCUGACACCAUAGGACCUAGACUCAGUGGUUCAAAAAACUUAGAGGCAGCCAUCAAAUAUAUGUUCAGUGCCCUGCAGAAAGAUGGGCUGGAAAAUGUGCAUCUAGAGCCUGUGAAAGUACCACACUGGGAAAGAGGAGAAGAGUUUGCAGUGAUGCUGGAACCAAGGAAUCAUAGCAUUGCUAUUUUGGGACUUGGGAACAGUAUUGCAACUCCUCCAGAAGGAAUUAUAGCAGAAGUCAUAGUUGUAGCCUCAUUUGAUGAACUGCGCGCACGAGCUCAGGAGGCCAAGGGCAAGAUUGUCGUCUACAAUGAACCUUUCAUCAGUUAUGGUGAAACUGUGCAAUACAGGUUACAGGGAGCAGUGGAAGCUGCUAAAGUUGGAGCAGUGGCAUCCCUUAUUAGGUCUAUUGCUUCUUUUUCUAUUCACAGUCCACAUACUGGGGGGCAGAGUUACCAGCCUGAUGUGCCCCAAAUUCCCACUGCUUGCAUCACUGUGGAAGAUGCUGAGAUGAUGUCACGAAUGUCUCUCCGUGGCACUAAGAUUGUUGUGCACCUGAGGAUGGGAGCUAAGACUUAUCCAGACUCUCUGUCCUUUAACACUGUGGCAGAGAUAGUUGGAAGCAAGUACCCAGAGCAGGUUGUAUUGGUCAGUGGACAUCUGGACAGCUGGGACGUUGGGCAGGGAGCUAUGGAUGAUGGUGGUGGAUCAUUUAUAUCAUGGGAAGCAUUAUCACUCAUUAAGGAUCUGGGACUUCGUCCCAAAAGGACACUGCGCUUGGUGCUCUGGACAGGAGAAGAGCAAGGGGGAGUAGGUGCCAAGCAAUACUACCAGCUGCACAAGGAAAACAUCUCCAACUUUGACAUCGUUAUGGAGUCUGAUGAGGGCACCUUCCAGCCAUCUGGACUGGGUUUUUCUGGCAGUGCUGAAGCCCGGGACAUUGUGAAGGAGAUCAUGACUCUGCUGCAGCCCAUCAAUGUUACGGAUGUGUAUGACCCUGCAGAUGGAACAGACAUUGCCUACUGGAUGAGAGACGGGGUGCCUGGUGCCAGCUUGCAUAAUGACAUCAGUAAAUACUUCUGGUUUCAUCAUUCUCAAGGGGACACGAUGACAGUUCAGGAUCCAAACCAGAUGAAUCUCUGUGCUGCUGUUUGGACUGUUGUCUCCUAUGUAAUUGCUGACAUGGAGGAUAUGUUGCCAAGGGUGUGAGGCUUUGUACAUCAGAAAUUCAGAAGGAUGUUCUGUGAAGUUACCUAUACUGUUGCAAAUCUUAACCUGUGCUCUCUUGGAAAUGGUGUUUAUUUGAGUUUUUCUCCAUUGCCUCAAGUCAAAUGGAAAAUCUCUGGAGUCAAGAAUACUCCUCUGCAGAGAAGAAUAACACUACAAGUGUGCACAUGGCACCACAGCACAUGUCAAGAUGGGCUUGUCAGCUCCUAAGUAAGAAAAUUAACCAUUCCCAGGCCAAAAGCAGCACAACUAUAUAAGACAGACUGUAAAAUUAAGACCAUGAUGCCCCUGAAGAAAAUGUAACCUUCAUUUCAGCUUCAGAUACACAGCUCUAGAGAGAAGCAUUGAUUUUGGAAAAAAAGUUUCAAAUACCAAAACUAUUUUUAUAGAAAUAAUGAAAAUAAAAAUAUCUUAUUUCUGAGAUUGAAAAACAAAGAUUUUUUUUUUUUUUACUUUUAAAACCAGAUUUCAUUAAAAUAAGACAUUGUCUCUGAGUCUGCCUUUUUUUA